GUAGACAAAAUAAAGUUCUUGCUCGCUGUGGGAUUCUCCUCACAGUGAAGAAAACUGUCUUCGCUUUCUUCACUGCAGCAGCGACCUUCAGUUUAGCAUUCACAGUAAAUAAUGUAGGAGCUCUGACAUUAGGUGAAAUUUGCAUCUUUCUGUCUGCGGUGAGAUAGUUUGCAGUUUGACAGUUCUCUGUAGAUUAGGAGGUUAAUCAUGGUUGAAAGCAUGGACUACGACAAGGGACAAAAGCGCUACUGCAUCCGGGGUAAGCAUGUGAUCAUCAUAUGUGCUACAGUGGUGGUGGUCUCUUUGGCAGUGGGUCUCGGGGUUGGCCUCUCCAGAUCAGACAAGUCCACAUCUCCAACACCAGAGCCUACUACUCCGCCGCCUCCGCCUGGCCGAGGCCCGUGCAAACCCUCCACGGACUCCAAUGGGGACUGGACUGGUUUCCGUCUCCCCAAUUAUGUGAAACCUGUUCAUUAUGACCUCAACCUGGAGCCAGACCUUGAGACGGACAUUUACACAGGCACUGUGGACAUCCAAGUGGAAGUCAGUAAGGCUACAAAACAUCUAUGGCUUCACAUAAGGGAGACCUUUGUCAGUGCCACGCCAAGAUUAAAGAUAGUAAACAAACAGGGGGAACAGCAGGAGCUGCAGGUCACAAGAUGCUUCGAAUAUGAACCUCAAGAGUACGUGGUAGUGGAGGCUGAAAAAGAGCUGCAGGUCACGAAUCCAGGAGAGGUGUAUGUACUCAGCCUGGACUUCCAAGGAUGGCUCAACGGUUCUGUGGUGGGAUUUUACACAGUCGUUUACAAAGAGGAGGGCGAAAUAAAGAAGAUUGCUGCAACUGAUCAUGAGCCAACAGAUGCCCGGAAGUCAUUUCCCUGCUUUGAUGAACCAAACAAGAAGGCCACAUACAAGAUCUCUAUCAUUCAUCAUUCAGACUACAGCAGUUUAUCUAAUAUGCCUAUGGAGGGAGAACCACAACAACUGCCUGACAAUAAAGUAAAGUCCACCUUCAAGAAGUCGGUCCCCAUGAGUACCUAUUUGGUAUGUUUUGCAGUGCACAAGUUUAAGUACGUGGAGAAAAGGUCAGCCAGUGGAAUCCCUCUGAGAAUAUACGCACAACCCUCUCAACUGAAAACUGCAGUGUAUGCAGCGAACACAACCAAAGUCAUCUUUGAUUAUUUUGAAGAAUACUUCAAUAUGACAUACUCCCUGGACAAGCUAGAUAAGAUCGCCAUCCCUGACUUUGGCACCGGUGCCAUGGAGAACUGGGGUCUCAUCACCUACAGGGAGACCAACCUGCUGUACGAUGAAAGCGAGUCUUCCUCCUACAACAAGCAGCGAGUGGCCAGUGUUAUCGCCCAUGAGCUCGUUCAUCAGUGGUUUGGAAACAUUGUUACCAUGGACUGGUGGGAUGACCUCUGGCUGAACGAGGGCUUUGCUAGUUUCUUUGAGUACAUUGGUGUGGAAAAGGCUGAGCCUAGCUGGGGCAUGCGAGACAUCAUGUUACUCGGCGACGUUCUUCCUGUCAUGGUUAGUGACGCUCUCCUGUCCUCACAUCCCAUCAUUGUGAAUGUGUCCACCCCAGCAGAGAUUACCUCUGUGUUUGAUGCCAUCUCAUACAGCAAGGGGGCAUCCAUAUUAAGGAUGCUGGAGGACUGGAUGGGCAGAGACAUGUUCAGAGAUGGCUGUCGGAAAUAUUUGAAGGAGUACUUCUUCAUGAAUGCCAAAACAGCCAACUUCUGGGAAUCCCUCGCAAGUGUGAGUGGACUUCCUGUUGCAGAUGUUAUGGACACAUGGACCAAACAAAUGGGUUAUCCCGUGGUUAAUGUGCUGGUCUCCGACACUGAUGCUAAACUGACCCAGAAGCGUUUCCUCCUGGAUCCUAAAGCUGAUCCCACCCAGCCCCCCACACCUCUUGGGUACAAGUGGACAUUCCCUGUCAAAUGGCUCUCUGUGGGAAGUGACAAGAAUGGGUCAACCAUAUUUAACAGUAGCAGUAAUGACCUUGUCGUCGUGGGCUACUCUCCGGCAGCAGACGGUCUGAUCAAGGUCAACAAUGAUCACAUCGGUUUCUACAGAGUCAACUAUGAAAAUCACACGUGGAGCUCUAUCAGCGAAAAGCUUCGUCACAGUCACAUGGAAUUCACUGCAGCUGAUCGAACCAGUUUUAUUGAUGAUGUCUUUGCACUUUCAAGGGCCAACAUCAUAGAUUACGGCAAUGCCUUCACUCUCACCAUGUACCUGUCCAAUGAGACUGACUACAUAGUGUGGGACCGUGUGGCCUCGUCCAUCAGCUACGUCCGCGACAUGUUGUCAAGCAAUACUACACUGUAUCCAAAGUUUCAGAAACUCUUUCAAAAACAUGUUAAGGUCAUCGCAUCAACCCUUGGAUGGAAUGACACAGGAACACAGACAGAAAGGUUGUUGAGGGAGACAGUGCUCAGUAUCGCCUGUCAGAUGGGAGACACGGCGGCGCUAAAUGAAGCAUCCCGCAUUUUUGAUGGCUGGAUUGGGGGAAAUAUAAGCAGUGUGCCAGUAAAUCUGCGGUUGUUGGUAUAUCGCUAUGGAAUGAAGAACUCUGGCACUGAAGCCAAGUGGAACUCUAUGUUCCAGAAGUACAUUGACACUUCUUUGGCUCAAGAGAAGGAUAAGCUCCUCUAUGGACUGGCCUCUGUGGGGAACAUAGAAUUAUUAUACAGGUUGCUGGAGGCCACUAAGAAUGAGACUGUGGUGAGGAGUCAGGAUUUGUUCACUGUGGUACGGUAUGUGUCUUACAAUGAGCUGGGACAAGACAUGGCCUGGGACUGGACCACACUCAACUGGGACUAUCUGGUCAAAAGGUACACCAUCAAUGACAGGAACCUUGGUCGUCUGCUCAAUCAAAUAAGCACCACAUACAAUACAGAUCUCCAACUUUGGAAGAUGGAGCAUUUCUUCAAUCUAACGCCAGACGCUGGUGCUGGGAAGAUGCCCAGGCAGCAGGCCCUGGAGACAGCGAGGAACAAUAUAGAGUGGAUUAGGUUGAACGGGGAUGAGAUCAGUCAUUGGCUGACAAGCAACGUAGAAUAAAGCAUUAGAAAUGGGAUUAAUGUAAGGAUUAAGGCACAUUGGCCACAUGGAACCACAUCUGAUUGACAGUGGGGAAAGAACAUGUUUGCUAUUUAAUAGGUAAGAAAAACAAUCAAAAUCAAAUUUAACACAACCUGCUGGACACAUUUAACUUCCAUUUCAUUAACAAUAGAGACACUUGUUUAUUAAAUAUUGAUUUUUGCUUUUUUGCUUUAACAAAAAUGAUUCCUCAAAAUUUUGUGAACUUUUGACUUAGUACUCUCUCUGUGUGAAUGUAAAUUAUUUAUCACCCAGUGUGUUUUUCUAUAGCUGUUUAGCGAUCACAAAAACAAUGAGAGUUUUCAAAUAAAUAAUACCGUCACUAAU